AAAGCAGGUUGAUGCAUCUGAACUAAAACUUUCAUCUGUUACUACACUGUGAGGGGAACACAUACAAUCAAGGAUGGCUGCACCUCGUCUCUCUCUGUCUGUUGUUGUGCUGAUGCUGGCUGUCAUCACUCUGAGCGAAGGUCUGCGUGGUACCGGCCCAAAGAAGUGCUGCUUCCGCUUCAGUGAGAAAGCAGUGCCAAAAGAAAGAGUGGUCAGCUACGUCAGGACCAGCCAGCGGUGCCCACAACCUGCCGUCUUGUUGAAGACAGUGGCAGGUCGUCAGAUGUGUGCCAAACCUUCAGCCCCCUGGGUGAAGGACCUCAUUAGCUACCUGGAUGCCAAAUACAUCCCAGGAGAGACAUCUAACCUGUAACCAUGGCAAUGCCAUACCCACUAUAAGAGUCUUCCAUGAACAAAAUCUGGCCAGUUAAUGUGUUUUGAUGCUGCGACUUUUCACACUUUAUCUUUUAAAAUUAAGAGGUGUUUUAUACAAAUACAGUAUGUUACUAUCUACUUAUAUUAUUCUAUUCUAAAAUUUGGUAGUAUUUUGAGAUGCUGGGACAAGAUGCAUUUGCAAACAUACCAUGUUAAAUUAUUUUUCUACCAUUCACAAAAAAUCUAUGUUUAACAUAGGUGCACGUUGCCAUUCUUUUAAUACUGGCAUUUAAACCAUAUUUUUAUUUUAUAAUCUGGAACAAUAGGAAUAUUUUUGUUUCAUACAACACUCAAAGUCUGACCAUCAGCACUGUGAAAUAUUGUUGCAUUGUCAUUUGAACUGAGUAAGACCAAUGUCUCCCAGCUCCACUUGGUGUCAUAAGUAGAGUAUAAGCUAUGGGCUAAACCACUAUUUCUAUAACGAACCACUGUGAGCUCUUUGCCUUGUUUUUUUUUUUAUAUAAAGUAAUGAUUUUUUGUUGUUUUUCUACUUUAAACUCAAGUUACUUGUACAGAUAAGUAACCCAGUUUGACAAAAAAUUAUUUAUUUCUGUAUGCUUAUGCUACAAGUCUGAUUCUGUUGAAUUAAAGCAAGACAA